CUUUGAUCACAAUCAGGUGUAAGGGUAUCGAGAAAAAAGAAGAUGGCAUCGAAUCCACUCCUUGCCUUACUCAACUUCUCAGGUACUACUUCACCUCCUGCAAGUUCAAACGUCAACACCCAAGGCAAUACACAAAAUGCUGCAUCCAUCUCUUCACCUCCUCCAGGGGUAGGAAAUCAUGCAAUUUCUCCAUCACCAACAGGCAAUUCAAAUGCAUCUUAUGCUGCUAACUCGUUGUUACAGUCACUGUUAAGUCCAUCGGGGCAAGCUGCUGGGCCUUCGCAUUCGCAAUACGACCAAGCUCCCCAAUCAAUGGAAAAUGAUCGCGUAACUUCGCCUGCUGCGUCUAAUGGUGCAGCAGAAUUACUGGCAUUGCUAGGAGGAUCGCCUCAAGGACAGCCAAAUGUGAACAACACCAAUAGCAACAAAGCGCUUAGCAAUGCUCCAUCGCCACUAGCCUCGGCAAAGACAUCAGGAAAGGGAUCAUCUUCUCGUGUUCCUUCGAGUACCAUCUUUGAUCAGGUGAAUCCGUUUGAUCUCUUCAAUCAACCACAUCAAUCCAAUCAAACAGCCAAACCUGAACAGCCAAAUCAAGUCACUGUCGAUGAUCGCGUCACCAAAAAAGACACCUUAAACACAAAUUCUACUGCAUCGCCACGCAAGGAGGACCAGUUCGUCUUUACAGAGGAUCGUCAAUUUCAUGCAUCACGUCAAUUAGCAAGCUUGCGUGCCUCCAACAGCUUUGACGAUGAGUCAACAAGUGGCUUGACGAUCAAGAAGAAUGGCAAAGCUGUGUUGAAUCUUCUCAGCCAACAGCCUGCCGGUGAAUCGAGCUUGUAUCCUGCUAAGCUGGAAAUGACUGCAAUUUCACUCUUGAAAGGUCCUAAAUGCCCAACAUACUACACACAACAAGGUGACAACCACACCAUCCAAAGUCGUUGGCCUCAGCAAAGCAUCAUUGCAGGUGCCAAUGACAUCGUUUGUUAUUUGACAGGAAAAUCAAAGGUACGAAUCAUUGAUGAGAAAACCGGAGAACGAGCGAUGAUUGUCUCAGAUGAUCCGAUCAAAUCUCUCUUCUUAAAUGAUCAAACUGCUUAUGAACGAACGGAAUUUAAAGUGGGAAUUGUGACUGGCAAGAGCAUCAAAGUUUGGGCUCUGACAGCUGAUUUUGGCAGGGAUGAAGGUGGCGUAAAGUUGAUUGCCCAUCUAGAAGCAGACGAUGGCCAACAAUUCAUCCAUGCGUUCUUCUCUCAUGCCACAGAGUACAUAGAGGAAUCGAUUGUUGCCAUACAAAGCAGUGGGGACGCUGCCAUUUUCAAAAUGACGGAUCUGCAGCCUUCCAAUCAAAGUAAGGCCAAAUUCAGUAAGGUUCAGAGGAUCAGUGUUGGAAAGGCAUCUACAGAUGGAAAGCUCUUGGUUGGUCUCACUCAAACGUGUGAUGGAACGUUGUUGGCAUCCACAUACGCAACUGGAGAUUCUCACAAUCCAUUGGAAGUUCAUCUGCAAGCUCUUCCUGACACGUCUCGAUCUGUUACUGUCAAGCUACCCGGGUUGCCAGAUGGUCUUCCUCUUUCGGAUGUGAGCUUUACAGCUCUUGCUUCUGAUGGAGAAUCCACUCGAUCGCUUAUUGUUGGAUUCAAUUACAACACCGUUAUCGCUUUCGUCGAUUUAGUCACAGGCGAAUAUCGUCAAUUGUAUCACUUUGACGGAAAGGAUCACACGCAAUACAAUCUAGCAUAUUGGUCCCAUUCCAGUGCAACACUGUUCAUUUUCAACAGUCUUCGUUCAAGUCUAUUUACCCUCAGACCGUUUAAUAAGCCUGCGCCUUUGGACAAAAUUGACUUAUACGACGAAGAUGUAGCGAAAAGAUUUAACGUUGAAGUUGACGAAUCUGUUGGAGAUGGACCCAAAACAAUUGAUCGAAUUCAAAGAAAAAUGAGUAUCUGGUCAUUUGACGAUUUGCACCCAGCGAUGAAAGAAUGCGCAAUGCCGGAAACAUGGAUGUCGUUUGCUUUAGAUGAUCGGUAUGAAUGGGAGGGUAUUCGUUUGGCAGCCUUGUAUUCUGGAGGCAUUCAAACUCUUGUUUUACCAGGCGAAGCUGUCAAGCAAACAGCAUUACAAGAUGAUUCGGAAUUGGGCCAAGAGGUGACCUUUGGUGGUGACGCAGCUGAAGUGCACGUCAAGACUGAAGCGGAUGCUUCCAACCAAAUUCAAAGUGCUCCAAUCGCAACUCUCGAUAGCGCGUCAAGCCAGACCAAAACAGCAGAGAGGGCCCACGAUGAGGCGAUUGAUCGCAAACAGAUGGAUGAAACAAUUGCAAAUUUGAGAAAGAAUAUUCUUUCUUCUGCCUCAGCUGAAGCUGCAAGAUCGGCAGCAGAACAAGCCACGUCCACAAGCUCAAAUGUUCGUUCAGGAAUCGAUGCAGGUGGUAUCGAUGUCGGUCAACUUUCUAAAUCGAUCGUUGAACGUGUGGUGCCCGCUAUUACCGCGCAAGUCAAGAAUGCAGUGGAAGCGGAUGUGCAAAUAGCGCUUUCUCAGGUAUUGAAUCAAUCUCUGCCCAAUGAGCUUCACAAUGCAUUCUUGAGACCCGAUAUUAACGCUUAUUUGACAAAGACGAUUACCAACAGCAUCGUUCCGACAGUGCAAAAGACUGCAAUGGAUGUCGUCACUCGCGCGAUGGCACCUCAUUUCGAAGAAGUUAUUUCCGAUCUAACAGCAAAAGUGGAAGGGAGAAUUGAGCAAGGAAUGACUAGUGUUCGAAAGGAUAUCGUUGUGGAACAGAGUAAAGCAUUGUUGGAAAGCGAAGCAGCUAUGCGUGAUUUGACACGACAGGUCGGUCAAUUGACAAGUAUGAUGGAAGGGUUAGGCAGACAAAAUGCAAAGCUGGAGAGAGCUUUGAAUGAUGUUCGUGAAGAACAAAAAGUGUUGAGCUUGAAUUCUAUUCGACCUCCAACUUCAGCCGGAACUCAUCAUGGUCGCUCUAGUGUUACUAAUCUCAACCCUAUGUCGCCUAAUCGUUCAACCGCAUCUGGAAUUAAUGGACAGAUUAGCAGUGUAAUGGGAAGUGCACCUACUCCUUCCACUUUUGCUUCUUCGUUUACUCAGUCAAAUCCUGCACCACAACAAGACGUGGAAGACACCCUGUUAACGGCCUUGUCAAAUCAAUCGAAUGAUCACGAUCCUACAUCCCUGCAAAGUGCUUUGACAAGCCUCGAAUCACGAUUUGGCUCAGCAUAUGCAGCUAUUCGAUCACCCGAAGGUGCUUUGAGAAUCAGUCAAGCUGUCAAUUUGGCAAUGAUUCAUAGAUUGAUCAAGACGUUGCAAUCCAACGCGAUUCCUGAAAAGAUUAUUCCAUGGAUCGAAGCAUGUUGUUCGAUUUGCGAUCGAUCAGAUGCUAAUAUCGGACGUGUAUUUGAAGGUAUCAAACGUGAAAUGUUGGAUAACCUAUUUAAAGCCCAUCAUCAAUUAUUCACUCUCACCAAUCGAACACCUUGGUGGACACGGGAACGAUUGAAUGAAGGCAUUUUACGUUACAUCUCUUGAGUUCAUAUUUGUUUAUAAUCAUCAUCAAUGUACAAUAUCAAUCACAUCUGUG